AAUACAUCAUAUUAGAUGAUGUGCAGAGAGUCCUGAUGAGACAUUUGAUUGCUUAUCAAAGGCUGAAUUCAAUUCAGACUAUUUACCAUGUGUCAGUGUAAUAUUGUCUUAUUACAUUCACACAAACACAAACCAAACGUCUUUUGCUGCUGUCUGCAGAACACGAACAGCUUCAGUCCAAUUCAGUUGCAGUUAGAUGAUUCCACAUCUCAUCCGUGUCUCCGUGCAUUGACGCCCAGCAGGCCUCGUGAUGUGCACGCUGGGAACAGGUGGGCUGCUCUCACCGGCGGCAGCCCCCGUGCAGCCUCACGCGCUCUGGUGAAGUCAGCAUCUGAGCUCCAUCAGCUGAAGUGAGCUAAGAUGGCUGCUGCUCCACUAAUCCAAGCAGAGCAUUUGAUGCCAUUAGUGGCUCUCUCCUGUCAAUGGAGCAGGGCGAGGCUCUGCGCAUGCUCCUUGAGGUUCUUUUCUGGGGAAGCGGCUCCGUGGUCCCUCCCUCCCCUCUCGUCUGACGCCGUCUGGGAAGGAGCGCUUUGGUGCAUCGGCGGAGACCGGGCGGCUGCUUGGACGCGAUCCGGAGAGGAGACAGCUCAGUCUUUCCUUGCGCGGCCUCCGAGGACCAAGUGCGACCACUGAGUUCUUUCCCACCGUCCUUCUCUCAGCUCGAACCGCAGCUCCCCGUCGCGUUGAGAACGGUGCCGGCGCCGCAGCACGAACCAUCGGUCCAACAUGUCUGGCUUCCAGGGCAAGAAGAACAUCCCCCGCAUCACAAGUGACCGUCUGCUGAUCAAAGGAGCAAAGAUCGUGAACGAUGACCAGUCCUUCUGUGCUGACAUCUACAUGGAGGAUGGAGUCAUCAAACAAAUCGGGGAGAACCUCAUCGUGCCCGGCGGCGUGAAAACCAUCGACUCCCACGGCCGCAUGCUGCUGCCAGGCGGCAUCGACGUGCACACGCGCUUCCAGAUGCCGGACCGAGGCAUGACGUCGGCCGACGACUUCUACCAGGGCACCAAGGCGGCGCUGGCCGGAGGCACCACCAUGAUCAUCGACCACGUGGUGCCUGAACCCGGCGUCAGCCUGGUCUCGGCCUUCACGCAGUGGCGGGAAUGGGCCGACAGCAAGUCCUGCUGCGACUACUCUCUGCACGUGGACAUCACCGAGUGGCACAAAGGCAUCCACGAAGACAUGGAGGAGCUGGUGAAGGAACACGGUGUCAACUCGUUCCUGAUCUACUUGGCCUAUAAGGACAUUUUCCAGCUCACUGAUGCUCAGGUGUAUGAGGCGUUCAGUGUAAUCCGGGAUCUUGGAGCCAUCGCUCAGGUGCACGCUGAAAACGGGGACAUUGUAGCUGAGGAGCAGCGCAGGAUCCUGGAGCAGGGCAUCACUGGACCUGAAGGACACGUGUUGAGCCAUCCUGAAGAGGUGGAGGCGGAGGCCGUGAACCGCUCCGUCACCGUGGCCAAUCAGACCAACUGCCCCUUGUACGUAACCAAGGUGAUGAGUAAGAGCGCGGCGGAUGUCAUCGCUCAGGCCAGAAAGAAGGGCACCGUGGUGUACGGGGAGCCCAUCGCCGCCAGCCUGGCCACCGACGGCUCACACUACUGGAGCAAGAACUGGGCCAAGGCCGCCGCCUACGUCACGUCCCCGCCCCUGAGCCCCGACCCGACCACGCCGGACUACCUGACCUCGCUGCUGUCCUGUGGAGACCUUCAGGUGACAGGAAGCGCUCACUGUCCCUUCAGCACGGCCCAGCGAGCCGUGGGCAAGGACGACUUCACUUUGAUUCCUGAGGGCGUCAACGGCGCCGAGGAGCGGAUGAGUCUGAUCUGGGACAAGUGUGUGGUUACAGGUAAAAUGGAUGAAAACCAGUUUGUUGCAGUGACCAGCACCAACGCUGCCAAGAUCUUCAACCUGUACCCACGUAAGGGCCGCAUCGCCGUGGGCUCCGAUGCCGACCUGGUGCUGUGGGACCCGGACGUCACCAAGAUCAUCUCAGCAAAGAGCCACAACUCGACGGUGGAGUACAACAUCUUUGAAGGCGUGGAGGUGCGCGGGGGGCCGCUGGUCGUCAUCAGCCAGGGCAAGAUCGUCCUGGAGGAAGGGAACCUCCACGCCACCGAGGGCUCGGGCCGCUUCGUGCCGCGCAAACCCUUCCCCGACUACGUGUACAAGAGGAUCAAGGCUCGCAGUCGGCUGGCCGAGCUGAGGGGCGUUCCCAGAGGCCUGUACGACGGCCCCGUGUGCGAGGUGUCCGUCACCCCUAAAGCCAUGACUCCCGCCUCCUCGGCCAAGACGUCCCCGGCCAAGCAGCCGGGCCCGCCGGUCCGGAACCUGCACCAGUCCGGCUUCAGCCUGUCCGGUGCUCAGGUCGACGACAACAUCCCCCGCCGGAACACGCAGCGCAUCGUGGCGCCGCCGGGGGGCAAAGCCAACAUCACCAGCCUGGGUUAGAGCUCCAGCCCCCGCUGAGGGGACGCGAGGAUCCGAGGGGCGGGAGGCGGAGAAUGGGCGCUGGCGGAGAACGGGCACCGGCGGAGAACGGGCACCGGUGGCGCCGUGCGCCUGCAGAACCUCACCUUCGCUGCACCCGAUCCGCCUCGGAUUCGGAUUCGCCUCCUCAGCUCCUCCGCUCCUCACCCCCGCUCACCCCCGCUCACCCCCGCUCACCUCCCCACUGUCCUCCCCGAUCGACCUGACAGGACACAGCUAGACACAAAAAACGAUGGAAAAAAGAGAAACCAUGAGAACACUCCUUAUUUGAGCACUUUUAUGACAUUAGAUAGUUUUUUUAUACUGUACGUUUUUAGUUCUGCUCUUGUUUUAACGGACGCGUCCUUUAGACGCUUCCCGCGUUUCCACCCUAGUUUAAAUUACUGAACCAGUGUUAAACCGGGCCACAGUUGCUUGGGAUCGAAGGGUCCGACUUCCUUCCAGCUCUGAGCCAUCGACCUCCUGCAAACGUGGCCGUUUGACGCUGAAGUCCUCACGUUCACAGCGCUUUGUGCGUUGUACCAGCGUUGUUCAUGUUCUCCAUCUGUGGCUUCACUGAGGUACUUAAGCAGGAGACCAUGUCCCAGGUUUGGCAGCUGAGCCGGUGGGAACGUUUGAUGGAGAGCAGUAGUAAAUCAGGCUUUAUGUCCCAUCUGUGAGCGCUCGCUAAUGGCCGCCAACCUUUCCUCGCCUUAUUGCUUCUAAAGGAAACAUUCACUGCUCAGCUCCGUGUAUGUGAGUCUGGACUCCUGAUGGUUGUGACUGAUCGUCACCAACCAGCGCAUUUACACAGAAUGUUUGUCCUGCUUGAAAUGUGACCGUUUUAUAUGCAUCACAGUCCCUCUUUCCUUUUUUUACUCUUUACGUGCCUCGACCCACAGUCGUCGUAGUGAUAGCUUGACUUUUGCCUGUUUCGUUAUCCUAUCUGAGCUAAGUGAAGGAUAUAAGAUAAAGAUGUAACAUAGCCAGGAUUAACCGAUUCAAAGGUGCCAGAUUUUGCGCUUUCGUUGGGCCUUCUCUGCCGGUGGAGCCCCUGUAAAGACGAAAUCUCUCGAUAUCUUGAAAUGUUCUAAUGUUUUAGAGUUUUUAACUUGUUGUCAAACUGCUUUUAGUGUGAUUCUGUAUCUAGGUGCCUGAGGGCUGAGCACUAUUGAUUUACGCUUGAAAGUAGACAUGAGCUAAUGUAUUUCUGACUAGUGUGCAGUGUUGAUGUGAGGGAUGGGACGCGCAGCAGGGUCCUGAACUCCUUGAUUUCUGCAUGAUCUGCUCUUUAUUCAGUCAUUCCAACUGGAUCUUUUUGCCGUCUUUGACUUUUUCAUGACUCAGCACAGAACUCAACCAUCCAUAGAAACGUAGGUCACGAUGAGGUUUGACAUUGAAAGCUUUCACCUCUGAGGAUGUGACCCAGCAGCUCGACAUCUCUGCUGUGAACCCAUCUGACCCGACUGGAGCUCUCAGUGUUGGUUCUGUUCAGUUUUGAAGGGUUAAUCAGCUACUGUAACAUGUUGAUGCCUUCGGACGUCCUAAUGUUUCUUUAGUUGAGGUUUACUGAACUGUAGCCUGCUGGACCGUUCCGUCAUUCCCUGUGGUCACAGGUUUUUACUCACUACAUUACAUAAUUUACUUACUAUUACAACUUUAGGUGUGUGUGUGUGUGUGUGUGUGUGUGUGUGUGUGUGUGUGUGUGUGUGUGUGUGUGUGUGUGUGUGUGUGUGUGUGUGUGUGUGUGUGUGUGUGUGUGUGCGCACUUUCACAUCACACAGUACAAACGUGCUUCAUGCAUUUCUUCAUGGUUUCUUCUUUGUGUUUUGCUUUUUGCUUCUCGUUCUUUUCCUUCGUCUCUGGCUCCAUCAUUGUUUCUAGUUGUUGCCAUAGCAACAACUGACCCCUCCACUGUUGGGGUUCUGCUUUUUGUUUGUCAUGGCAACACGUUGUCAGACUGGAGGUUGCCAUUAGCAACCUGUCUGGACCCAGCGCUGUUGGAAGAGCUUUGCAUGCACACACACACACACACACGCACACACACACACACGCACACACACACGCACACACACGCACACGCGUGCACAAUUACUACAUAAUCUUGUGCUGAGUUGUGUGGAAAAAACCACAAAUGUCUGCUGCUUUAAAGGGAUCUGUUUCACACACCAUAGUAGUAACACACACACACUCACACUAAACAACAAACAGCUGUUGCUGUGAUGCAGCUGCCACCACUGAAGAACCAGCUGUCAGCACUGGCUCCCUCAUGGAGUCCCAUGCCUUCAUUUGCAGUCACACACGUAUACUGCUUCAAUGCUGUCGGUUGGAUGCUUUUCUAUGCCAUAUUAUGCUACCGAUAGGCUAUGAGUGAUAUGUAUGUACGAAACAUGCUGCAGACUGAUGGUCUGAGGUUUGUUGAAGCUGUUAAACACCUUCUUGCCCCCGACUCUGAACCCAUUCCUUCCCCUGUAAGAAUUGCCCUUUUGUCAAACUGAAAAUGUGUGAUGGUGUUUGUCUUGGUGGCUGUGGGGCUUCUGGGAUGCUUGCUCACUGGAAAGUGCCCAGUCCCAUGGAUGGUGAUGUAAAAAUAAAAAAUAAAACAAACAAAAAAAUAAAACAAGGACAACAAUAAGAAUAAAA